GGGUCCUUGCCAGGCCUGGGGCGGCCGGGGGCGGUCCCGGGCUUCCCUCUGUCCCGCCUCCAGGCUCCGGGGCCUGGCUGGCCGACGUGGCGUUGGCGGCGCUGUGCACGGGAUAACAGGGCAGGAGGGACAGAGGCGGGGGCGGGCAGGAAAGUUUGUCCGCGGCGUUGGGGACUCCGGCCCGGGGGAUGCGCGCCCGGCCCCCCAGCGCCCCCAGCACGCCGCGGAGUCCCGCUAGCCAUGGGCCGCCCCCCACCUCUACUGCCCUUGUGUGCCUCUGUGUCUUUGCUGGGUGGCCUGACCUUUGGUUAUGAACUGGCAGUCAUAUCAGGUGCCCUGCUGCCGCUGCAGCUUGACUUUGGGCUAAGCUGCUUGGAGCAGGAGUUCCUGGUGGGCAGCCUGCUUCUGGGAGCUCUCCUUGCCUCCCUGGUUGGUGGCUUCCUCAUUGACUGCUAUGGCAGGAAGCAAGCCAUCCUCGGGAGCAACUUGGUGUUGCUGGCAGGCAGCCUGACCCUGGGCCUGGCUGGUUCCCUGACCUGGCUGGUCCUGGGCCGCUCAGUGGUUGGCUUCGCCAUUUCCCUCUCCUCCAUGGCCUGCUGUAUCUAUGUGUCAGAGCUCGUGGGGCCACGGCAGCGGGGAGUGCUGGUGUCCCUCUAUGAGGCAGGAAUCACCGUGGGCAUCCUGCUCUCCUAUGCCCUCAACUAUGCACUGGCUGGUACCCCCUGGGGAUGGAGGCACAUGUUCGGCUGGGCCACCGCACCUGCUCUCCUGCAGUCCCUCAGCCUCCUCUUCCUCCCUGCUGGUGCAGAUGAGACUGCAGCACACAGGGACCUCAUCCCACUCCAGGGAGGUGAGGCCCCCAAGCUGGGCCUGGGGAGGCCACGGUACUCCUUUCUGGACCUCUUCAGGGCACGGGAUAACAUGCGAGGCCGGACCACAGUGGGCCUGGGGCUGGUGCUCUUCCAGCAACUAACAGGGCAGCCCAACGUGCUGUGCUAUGCCUCCACCAUCUUCAGCUCCGUCGGCUUCCACGGGGGAUCCUCAGCCGUGCUGGCCUCUGUGGGGCUUGGCGCAGUGAAGGUGGCAGCUACCCUAACCGCCAUGGGGCUGGUGGACCGUGCAGGCCGCAGGGCUCUGUUGCUAGCUGGUUGUGCCUUCAUGGCCCUGUCCGUCAGCGGCAUAGGCCUCGUCAGCUUUGCCGUGCCCAUGGACUCAGGCCCAAGCUGCCUGGCUAUGCCCAAUGCCACUGGGCAGAUGGGGCUCCCUGGAGACUCUGGCCUACUGCGGGACUCCUCUCUACCUCCCAUGCCAAGGACCAAUGAGGACCAAAGGGAGCCAAUCUUGUCCACUGUUAAGAAAACCAAGACCAAUUCCAGAUCUGGAGACCCUUCAGCCCCUCCUCAGUCGGCCCUGAGCUCUGCCCUCCCUGGGCCCCCUCUGCCCGCCCAGGGACACGCACUGCUGCGCUGGACUGCACUGCUCUGCCUGAUGGUCUUUGUCAGUGCCUUUUCCUUUGGGUUUGGGCCAGUGACCUGGCUUGUUCUCAGCGAGAUCUACCCUGUGGAGAUACGAGGAAGAGCCUUUGCCUUCUGCAACAGCUUCAACUGGGCAGCCAAUCUCUUCAUCAGCCUCUCCUUCCUUGAUCUCAUUGGCACCAUCGGCUUGUCCUGGACCUUCCUGCUCUACGGACUGACCGCUGUCCUCGGCCUGGGCUUCAUCUAUUUAUUUGUUCCUGAAACAAAAGGCCAGUCAUUGGCAGAGAUAGACCAGCAGUUCCAGAAGAGACGGUUUGCCCUGAGCUUUGGCCACAGGCAGAACUCCACUGGCAUCCAGUACAGCCGCAUUGAGGUCUCUGCAGCCUCCUGAGGAAUCCGUCUGCCUGGAAAUUCUGGAACCAUGGCUUUGGCAGACCGUCUCCAGCAUCCUGCUUCCUAGGCCCCAGAGCACAAGUUCCAGCUGGUCAUUUGGGAGUGGCCCCUGCCCCCAAAGGUGGUCUGUUUUUCCUGGGGUAAAAAGGAUGAAAGUCUGAGAAUGCCCAACUCUGAGGGUUUCUGAGGAUCUAGCUUCAUGCCUCAGUUUCCCCAUUGACUUGCACAUCUCCGCAGUAUUUAUAAGAAGAACAUUCUGUGAAGUCUUUGUUACACCAUGGACUUUCUCACAGAAUCUCAAGGGUACCAAUCCUGGCAGGAAGUCUCUCCCGAUAUCACCCCUAAAUCCAAAUGAGGAUAUCAUCUUCUCUAACCUCUUUUUUCAACUGGCAUUUUGGGGAGGGAGAAAUCUCUUUUUUUACUCUUACUUUUUUUGAGGCAAAGUCUCACCCUGUCGCCCAGGCUGACAUGAUCUCGGUUCACUGCAACCUCCACCUCCUGGGUUCAAGCAAUUCUUGUGCCUCAGCCUCCCAAGCAGGUGGGACUACAGGCGCAUGCCACCACGCCCAGCUAAUUUUUUGUAUUUUUAGUAGAGAUGGGGUUUCGCCAUGUUGGCCAGGCUGGUCUCGAACUCCUGAGCUCAAGUGAUCCGCCUGCCUUGGCCUCCCAAAGUGCUCGGAUUAUAGGCCUUUUGACUCUUUUGUCUGAGUUUUAUUCGACCCCUCUAAUUCUCUUACCCAGAAUAUUUAUCCUUUGCCAGCAACUCUGACUAGUUGAUAGAAGGCUUCAGCUCUAGUCCUUGGUCUGCUGGUGUCAUUGCUGUAUGAAUGACCAUGGGCCUCAGUUUCCCCACUUGUAUAAUGGGAAGCCUGGACCAGGUCAUUCUUAAGAUUUCUGUUGACUCCAGUGAGCUGGAAUUCUAAAUGCUGGUCCAGGAGCUGUCUCCAGGAUGGCACAGGAUGGCUUUGCAGAAAGGAGAUAGGUUUGGAGGCCAACAAACCUGUUUGUCAAUAUUGCCUUUGCCUCUUGGCAGCAUUUGAACCUGGGUAAAAAACAGCUCCCUGAACCCUCAGUUUUCUCAUCUGCAGAAUGGGGAUAAUUAUGUCUCAGGGGUGUAUUUAGACCCUGUUUCCCUUCAGGAGGGUCCCCAGCUGGUCCAGGAACUGGGAAAUUUCUACUCAUCCUGUUACCCAGGUCCCUCCUCUGGACCCAGUAAAGGGUCAGGGUGAAUCAGAUAGGGGACUGAGCAAAUCAGAUAUGGGACUGGAGAUCACUUAAGGAAGGGACUGACAAGAAGCUCCCAGAUGCUGGGGAGAAUGAAGAGCUAAGAUAGGUCCUAAGGUGCUGGAUGCUUUGUCAUUCAUGCCUGCACACAUGGAUGCUGGCAGAGCGCCCAAGGACUCUGGUCCCUCGAGUUCUCCUGUCUUCUCCAUUCUAGAUGCUUCCGGUGGUGUGCUGGAGCUGGCUUUGCCGGCUUUUGAGAGCUGAUUGCUACACUUUCAGGAUUUUUGCAAGUGUAAACACAGCCAUUAUAAAAAAUUAAAUGACUUAAAUGUAUAAUUCAAUACAUUAUAUUAAAACAAAUAAUUAUACUCAAAACUCAUUACCUAAUUUUACUACAUGUUACUAUUAUCUGUGCUCUUGAGACUAUUUAUAUAUAGUAACUCUUACAGAGACCUAGGGGAGAUACCGCACGUUUCUUCCUGAUUCUCCACUCAAUGACAUCACGUUAGUUUGUCUUUGAUUGGUUAACUGGCUGCGGGGAGUAUUUUUGUAUCACAAAGAUUAGAGAGGACUAUACAUCAGGGCUUGAUUUAUUGUUUUGUUGGUUUUCUAGACUUCAGAACAUGCUGGAUUAAAUGUCAGUAAUGCACAUUAAACUUUAAAGUAUGUCUUGUUUAUAGCCAAUACAGUGUGAAUAGCACCAAAAUAUGAAGAAACUGUUCUUCCAAUAGUCAGACACUAUUAUCCAUUUCAGCUGACAGCUUCUCAAAUCAUUGAAGAAACUGGAGUUCUGACGUUCAUCUUCAUUGUUUUACUUUUGUCUUCCUCACUAAUGUAAACAAAAAUUUCAACCAGCAUUCAUGCCAAACUUAUAUGCAUUCUUCAGCGUCUUGCUGUAGAGUAAUCAGGGAUUUUUAUUCAUAGUCUAACUUUGUCAAAUCAUGGCUAAAUCGCUGUGAUAGUUGGCUUUGGAUACAAGAGCUUGGCAAAAAAUUAGCAAAAGAUUCUGUAAGGAUUAAUAAUUGGCUAUAUGGAAUUUAGGGUAAAGAGUGUUUACAAUAAAGAAUAUUUACAAUAAAGAGUUUAUUAUUAUUUGUAAAUUGUGUGCAACAAACAUAUCCUUUAUCUCUGUAAAAUUUAUACACAAAAAAAUUAACAAAAGAUUCUGGAAGAAUUAAUUGGCUGUAUGGAAUUUAGGAUAGAGUAUUUACAAUAAAGAGUCUUUACAAUAAAGAGUUUAUUAUUAUUUGUA